AUGUCCGUGACCCGAGCCUCAUCGCUGCGUAGCGAUAUCGAGGUUGCAAGCGUCGUUAGUGGCAACGAUGCUGCCGUCGAUGAAAAGAAGCGCCAAGCGACCACCAACGCGCGAGAGGACGAUACGGUGCCGAGCAGCGACAGCGAUAUCGGCGAUGAAGAGCAAGGUCCGCCCACACCUGCUCAACACAACUGGCCGCAGUACUCCAAGCUCCGGCUACUGUCUUUAGUCUUGACUGUCACUGGCUCCGCUUUUCUCAAUACGGUCGGAGUACAGGCUGCUGUCAUUGUUCUGCCCACCAUCGGUCGAGAUCUAAAUAUUCCAGACAGUCGCCAGCAGUGGAUUGUUUCAGCCUAUUCACUCACCUUUGGCUGCUUUCUGCUAUUAUGGGGAAGAUUAGCUGAUGUCUAUGGCAAGCGCCUGAUAUUCAUCUGGGGCUCUGUUUGGUUGACCGUUAUAACCACUGUCCUGCCAUUCGUCAAGAAUGAGAUCGGCUUCGAUGUACUUCGAGGUUUGCAAGGACUUGGUGCAGCUGCCAAUGUCCCUACUGCUAUCGGCAUUCUUGGAGUGACGUUUCCUCCUGGAAGGGCAAAAAACUAUGCCUUCUCGUGCUAUGGUGCUGGUGCUCCUCUCGGUUCGGUUUUCGGAAACAUCAUGGGUGGUGUAAUUGGAGAGUAUGCUUCAUGGAAAUGGGUCUUCUGGAUCCUGGCCAUCAUUGCCGCUUUCGUGACCCUUGCAGGCAUCUUUAUCAUUCCUCCGCCUCCCGUCACCAAUCCCGACAAUAUGGCUGCCAAGUCAGCCGUCGACUGGAUAGGCGGCAUGCUCGUCACCGUUGGCCUGAUGGUUCUUAUGUUCGCAUUGACCGAAGGCAACGUUGUGGGCUGGGCGACGCCCUGGGUUCCUACUCUGAUCGUCGCCUCCGUCAUUAUCCUCAUGCUCUUCGUCCUUUGGCAGCGCUACCUCGAAAAGCACACCACUCGACGCCCUCUCAUGAAAGUCUCCAUCUUCGCCAACAGGCGCUUCUCUGCCGCCAUGGUUAUCAUGCUUCUCUUCUUCGCUGCCUUCAACAACUACCUCAUCUUCGCAACAUACUUCUUCCAAGACUACCUUGGCCUCUCCGUCAUCCAGACCACCCUUCGCUUCAUCCCCACCGGCGUCUCCGGCGUGAUCAUUGCCUUCGCAACCGGCUUCUUCUUGUCCCGAGUUCCGGGCAAUUACAUCCUCAUGUUCGGCACCCUCUGCGUCUCCGGCUCCGCCCUCCUCUUCGCCACACCGAUUCCCCCGCACACCACCUACUGGGCCUACGGCUUCCCCGCCAUGGUUCUCUCAGUCCUCGGCGCCGACACUCUCUACCCCUGCCUCACCCUCUUUACGGCCAAGUCCCUGCCGCAUGAGGACCAGGCUCUAGGCGGCGCCCUGAUCAAUGCCGUCGGCCAGAUAGGGCGCGCCAUCGGACUCGCAAUCGCCACCGCCGUUGAGACGGCUGUCAUCGCUGCCGAGAAGGGGGUUGCUGUCGAUGCCAUCGGUGGCUCCGACAUUGGUACCGGCGAUCGUGCCCUGCUCUCGGGUCUGAGAGCUGCCGAGUGGUUUACCUUCGCCAUGUCUAUGACCGCCUUUUUCCUGGCAGCUGUAGUAUUUAGAGGUGCUGGCUAUAUUGGCAAGAAACAUUGA